CAAAACGGAAACAAUGGCGGACGAGUUAGCGGCUUACAAAUCUCAACUUCAACAAGUUGAAGCAGCAUUGACGACAGACCCAGAUAAUGAAGAAUUGUUGAAACUCAAAACAGAUUUACUGGAAGUCCUCCAACUCACGAAGGAACUGGUCAGUGUUCAGUCCACCACAACAGAUGCAUCAUCGUCGAGUAAAGAUGGCGAGGAUUGGUUGAGUGGUGUCCCCAUUGUCACCGAGGCACCCGCGCCAAAAUGGAAAGUCGGCGACAAAUGUUUGUCUUACUAUGCCGAGGAUGGCGGAAUGUACGAAGCGACGAUUGAUGAAAUUUUAGAAGACGGCUCGUGUACGGUCACCUAUGAUGGUUAUGACAUCACCGAGGUCACACAGAUGGCGUUCCUUCAACAGAUUGAAAACAGUAACAAACGUGCGGCAGAUGGAGAAGGUGACACGCGGCCGACGAAAAUGAAAAAGAAAGAUAUCCAGAUUGCUCAGCGAGAAUAUAAACGAAAGAAAAAUCAGAAAAAAGCUCAGCGACAAAAGCAGAUGGAGGAAGAACGAGAAACAGAGAAAAAUAAAUGGUUGUCUUUUACUACCAAGGUUGCGAAAUCUGGCAAAGGACACGUUAAAAAGAGUAUAUUUGCGACACCAGAAGCUGCGACCGGUCGUGUUGGUGUGGGCACAUGUGGAGUGAGUGGGAAACCCAUGACUGAAUACAGCCAUCAGCAGAAAUGGAAAAAAUAACAACAAUCUGAGGAAAUAGAUUUCUGAAUGAUGAACGAUGUAAAGAAAGUGACUUUGUAACUUGGAAAAUAUUGCUAGACUGUCGAUUCCGAGUCCUUGCAUGGCAACACUGUUCUCUGGAACUUGUCAUACCAAAGUAGGAACUUGUUGUGUGGGUAUGGGGGACGUGGCGAGAGGUAGUACAGACAGAAUAGGAGGCAAGGUUGAUUUGUGGAAGGACAGACUCAAAACCUCUUGACUUUGGAUUAGAGUCUGUGUUGUAUUAUUGUCAAUUGGUGGAUGCAAAGCUAUCUUUAUCUUUUAAGAUCAAAUAAGUUGACUUGAUGAUAUGAUUACUCUGCAUCUUGGCAUGUGCUUUUCCCUCGAGUGGAGGCUCCUGACAGACCACGUUCAAAUGCCGAGCUGACUUUUGAUGCACUUUGUCCUGUCUUUAAGAGAAUCUGGUAGGUUCACUUCAGGAUGACCACUGUAGCUGUCGGAUGGUAGCUUGGUCAGUUAGCUCUGUAAGAAAAGUCACAUCAACUCAAAGAAAGCGUCUUUAAAAAAUGACUGAGCGCAUCGGCAGCAGCAUCAACUACUAAAGUAUUGUGACAUGUACUUGGUUCCUGAGGUAAUGUAUCAAGGGAAUCCUCCUUGGAUACUUUGAACCUCUUCUCAUUGUAAAUUCAGUUGAUUAUAAUAAACAGAUUCAAUGUAAA